AGAUGCGCACCUCGGUUGCCGCCUUCGUCCCCUCCCAACGGCCAGAAAACCCACGUUAGCCGAGAGCUCCUCUGCUCCUCUCGUGGCCGAACAGGCAGAGCGACCAGUCUCCAGAGCGCUCCCCAUGGCGUCAGGAGCUGCGGCGGCCCCUGGCGUUCAGACCGUGGUGCUGAAGGUUGCCAUCCACUGCCAUGGCUGCAAGAAGAAGGUCCGGAAGGUGCUCAGGAGCGUCGAAGGCGUGCAGAACGUGACGGUGGACGCCUCGCAGCACAAGGUGACCGUGGUUGGCACCGUGGACGCCGACACGCUGAUUCAGAGGCUGUACAAGUCCGGCAAGAAGGGAGAGCCCUGGCAGUGCCACCCGCCCGCCAAGAAGACCGAGCCCGCGCCGCCGGAGGCCCCGCCGGCUCCGAAGCCUGACGGUGACGGCGGCAAGGACGCUGCUCCUCCUGCUGCUGCUGCUGCGGUCGCGGCGGACAAGAAGCCGGAGGAGGCGGUGAAGGAGCCGCCGGCUCCGAAGCCUGCCGGUGACGGCGGCAAGGAUGCUGCUGCAGCUCCGGCCGCGGCGGACAACAAGCCGGAGGCUGCCGCGAAGGAGCCGCAGGACAAGAGCUCCGAGGAGAAGAAGAAGAAUCCGGAGCAGGAGGGUGGAGCCGCAGAGAAGAAGCCCGAAGCAGAGUCAAAGAAGGAGGAGAAAGUGGAGGCGAAGAAGGACGGCGGUGACAGCAAGGGAGCUGAGACGAAGGCCAAGGCCGCAGCAGAGCCGUCAAAGGAAGCUGAGACGAAGGCCAAGGCCGCAGCAGAGCCGGCCAAGGAAGCUGACACGAAGGCCAAGGCCGCAGCAGAGCCGGCAAAGAAAGCCGCCGCCGCCGCCCCCGCCGCCGCUGCCAAUGACAAGGACGAGGCAAAGAAGAGCGACAAGCCCAAGGACGGCGCCGGUAAGCAGGCGGAGCCAGCCGCCGGGACGACGACGGAGAGGUCCCUGCCUUCGCCGCCGGCGCCGGCGCCGAAGCACGCGUACGAGCAGGAGUACCGGCAGCCGUACUACUCCCCGCAGCCGGUGGUGAGCUACCACGCGUCGCACCCGAGCUCGAGCGUCUCGUACACGUACUUCGCGCCGCAGGCACAGCCGGCGUACUCCAUGCAGCAGGCACACCCGCAGCAAGCGUACUACUCCACGCACCAGCCGCAGCCGUCGUACUCGUACUCCGUGCAGCCGCAGCCGCAGCCGGAGAAGCAGUGGUCGCCGUCGUACCUGUACAUGCCGUACCCGCACUCGGCGGCGCCGGAGCCUUACUACCAGCAGCAGGACCACUACAGCCCGCCCGGGAUGCACGCGUCGCCGAUGCACGACUCGUACCGCAUCUUCGACGACGAGAACCCCAACUCCUGCAGCGUCAUGUGAGAUCGAUCGAUCGCGUUGAUCGCCGCCGGCCGCCGUGGCCAGCAAGUAGUUGGGGAGGCGGCGCCGCUACCGCAAUAGAGACCUCUCUGUGGUUGUAGGUGGAGUAGCCUGUUACUGCUCUCUUCCACUAAUUAGUAUAGAGGUCAAACCACUCUCCAUGACAGAGCUUUUCUUUUCGUUUCCUUUUAAUAUAUUUUUACUGUUCUAAUCAAGUAAUUAGAGCAUGUAAAUGUUCGCCUUUACCUGUAGUUACUGUUCACCGCGUCUAUAUAUGCCGGCUACUAGCUAGAAUUUUGUAUAUGAGCUACCACAAAUACAUACAGUAUAUAACAGAUUAUACAUAAAAACAGUUUUCUAUA